AUGGCAGCAGCGCCAACACCAGCUCGACAAUGGGGCGUGACCCCUCCCAUUUCCACCACGUUGCCAACCGCAGAGGAACUUUCCGCAAACGAUGACUUGAUCGCGGAGCUUAAGCUUCAGAACAACUUUGAGAGCCCGGCAGAGACAGAGCGAAGGAAACAAGUACUCCAGCUUUUACAACGUGUCACAACCGCAUUUGUUCAAGCGGUCAGUCGCAAAAAGGGACUCUCACCUGCGGCUGUGGAGGCAGCAGGGGGCAAGAUUUUCACAUAUGGAAGCUAUCGCCUGGGUGUUUAUGGACCGGGAUCGGAUAUCGAUACCCUAGUUCUCGGGCCUAAACACGUUGUGAUCGAUGACUUCUUCGCCGAGUUCCCACCACUGCUUGAACAGAUGGCUCCUAAAGGAGCUAUUGAAAAGAUGACACCAGUCCCGGAUGCUUUCGUACCCUUGAUCAAGCUCGAAUUAUCCGGUAUCAGCAUUGAUCUGAUCUUUGCCCGCCUGAUUCUGCCGUCAAUUCCAUUGAAUCUCGACUUGAAAAACAACGACUACCUGAGGGGCCUUGAUGAAAAGGAAGUGCGAUCUCUUAAUGGAACUCGUGUUACAGAUGAGAUUCUGGAAUUGGUACCGCAGCAAAAGACGUUUCGCCUUGCUUUGCGGGCAAUCAAGCUGUGGGCUCAGCGUCGUGCUAUCUAUUCUAAUAUUGUUGGCUUCCCAGGUGGUGUCGCCUGGGCUAUGCUAGUGGCGAGAGUGUGUCAGCUGUAUCCCCAGGCAACUGGCUCUGUGAUUGUGGGCAAGUUCUUCCGGAUAAUGAACAAAUGGGCCUGGCCCCAACCCGUGUUGCUGAAGCAAAUCGAAGACGGGCCGUUGCAGAUAAAAGUUUGGAAUCCAAAGAUUUACCACGGUGAUCGAUUCCAUCUAAUGCCAAUCAUCACCCCUGCCUACCCUUCCAUGUGCGCAACUCACAACAUCUCAAUGUCAACCAAAGCGGUCAUCUUGCGCGAGCUUCAGCGCGGCGGUGAUAUUGUUGAUAAGAUCUGGGCCAAGCAGGCAAGCUGGAAUGACCUUUUCACGCGUCACUCCUUUUUCACCCAGGACUACAAAUACUACCUCAGUAUUACAGCGUCCAGUAGGACAAAGGAAGCAGAGUCGGUCUGGUCCGGUCUCGUCGAGUCCAAAGUCCGACACUUGGUCGGAGCACUGGACCGUAAAUCCACCAUUGCAGUGGCACACCCAUUUCCCAAAGGGUUUGAGAGAAUUCACAAGGUCAAUAGCGAAGAGGAGGCCGAGGCAGUCAAGAAUGGGUCACUCAAGUAUCAUGACAAGGGAGUAAAGACAGAAACAACCGACGAGAUCAAUGAUGCUGCUCACCAAGCCGCAGCUCAGAACGGAAGAGAAGACGCAAAAGUCCCUGCUGCGGGCGAAGAAACAGCCAACGGUGACAGUCGAACUAUUUAUACGACGACGUACUAUAUUGGGCUGGAAUUGAAGCCGGUUGAUCCAGGCGCAUCGCGGUCGCUGGAUAUCUCGUCUGAUGCCCAAAUCUUCAAGUCCACGUGCACGUCCUGGACCGGGUACCAACCUGGUAUUAACGACCUGUCCAUAACCCAUAUACGCAAUUACGAUUUACCGGAUGACCUCUUUCAGAGUGGAGAAACCCGGCCCACCCGGCCAAAGAAGAAAGUCGUCAAAAAGGUGUCAGCUGGCGGACAGAAACGAAGCUUCGAGUCUCUCGACGAUUCGUCCGCACCGGCUGCCAAACGACAAGUCCCCUCCGACAGACUCUCCGCCACUGCUACGCCUGCGUGA